GUAAGAGAUAAACACACACAAAACAAUGAUAGCUUUGCCCUUCCUAAGGGAAAGUUUAUUCAGAUUCAAAAGGAAAAAAGGUAGUGAUUGAUUGUAUGCAUUUCAAUGUGUUCAGAUGACAAGUUAUAUAUAUAUAACUAUAUAUCCUCCAGAUAUGAAGAAAAACCAUGGGUUUUAAGUGGAUAACAACAGUGUGUUAUAUACAGUGUUUAAUCUUGACAGUAACAGUCGCUCUACCAUCUAUUACAAUAAAUGACAGUUCGUCUUCAAAGCAAACAUACGAGCUUAAUGACACCGUGAAGAUUACCUGCACAAUUUCAUCAAAUUACUCGUCUAUAUCAAGUUAUUACAUUCAAAGAAGUGGUAGAAAUUUCGAAGAUAUUGGAAAUUCUUACUCCGGAUCAACUACUAAAACAAUAACCUGUGAUGAUAAUACCUAUUAUAGAUGUUAUGGUAGAUUUAAUGGAACUGGCAUGUACUCCCCCGUUAUUUAUGUCACAGUGGAUUGUCCACCAACUUGGGCGGAAUCAGUUAAAAGUCCAGUCUCUUACUACUCGGCUCAAGCUUCAAAUAAAUAUUUCGACCUGUUGAUAAUUGGCCAACCUAAACCAACAUAUUCCGUUCAGAAAUACGAACCUUCUGGAUUACAAGAUCUGCCUAUUGAUGUAGAUGUAUUGAGUUAUUCCAACAAAGUCCGACUGUAUUUCCGUACUUAUUCAGAAGACUCUCAUGGUAUCUAUCACAUUGAGGCAAACAAUUCUAUAGGAAUGUUAAUUACAAAUCUCACUUUACGGGGUUUAAUAUUACCAUCGAAAUAUGUAAGAGCUUGGAGUACAACACCCAACUCGAUACAUAUUGAAUGGACUGCUGGAGAAUUGUUUGAAACAGCACCACUAUACAAGUUGUAUUACAAAUCACAGUAUGGGCAAUGGGGGAGUAAUGUUAAUGUCAAAAACGUCGGUUCAACUGUGACUUACAUAUUUAACAAUUUUAAACCAAAUACUACCUACUACUUCCUGCUAACAGCUUAUGAUAUCCGAUAUGGAACCAGUGUUUAUUCUAAUCUGGCACAGGGUACCACAUUGACAAAUCCUUCUGAUCCACCUCAAACAAAGCCUCCAAUCGACCAAACAGUAUUUCCUGAUUUUACAACAAUUAGUCAAUCAACACCCAAAACAGAAGUUGCCACAGAUGAUAAGAUAGUACAUGUAUAUGAACAGGAAGAUCUUACGUUCGGAGCUGGGAUAGGAGUUGGUAUAGGUAUCGGGUUGUUACUUGCUAUAAUAGCCAUCAUGGGUACUGUCAUUUACUUCAAGAGAUCUCCUUCAACACAAGAGGUAAUUCCACCUUCAAUACGUUCAGCCGAAACUGAAGGAGGUAGAAUGAAUAUGAAUGUAACAGAUGGUCUAUAUGAACAACUUUCUCGACCGCAUACGGGUGUAAGUUAUGACAACAAGGCAUGUCAGAGUCGACCAUAA